UCGACCCACCCGGCGCAGAUCAUUUCGGCGGUUCCAUUGUUUCCCGUAGAAGAAAGCUCUGAUUUCAGAUUCGACGCUUUCAUCUCUUUCCCCUCACCUUCGGGCAGGGAUGUACAAUAAUAACAUGGGACCUCAACCAGGGAUGCCAAGACCUCCUGGAAACCCUCAGCCUGGUCCGUUUGGGAAUCCCUUCACUGGACCUGCCUCUGGUUUUAUCCGUGGCGGUUUGGGUGCCUACGGGGAGAGGAUUCUUGGAUCAAGCUCUGAGUAUGUGCAGAGCAAUAUUACUCGUUACUUCUCUGAUCCCCAAUACUACUUCCAAGUGAAUGACCAGUAUGUUAGGAACAAACUCAAGGUUGUUCUCUUUCCUUUCCUUCACCGGGGACACUGGGCUAGAAUCUCUGAACCUGUUGGGGGCAGGCUCUCAUACAAGCCUCCCAUCUAUGAUAUCAAUGCGCCAGACUUGUACAUUCCCUUUAUGGCAUUUGGUACGUACGUUGUUCUUGCUGGCCUUUCACUGGGACUUGACGGAAAGUUUUCACCGGAAGCUUUGAAUUGGCUGUUUGUGAAAGGAUUGGUUGGUUGGUUUUUGCAAGUGAUGCUCUUGAAAGUAACGCUUCUAUCACUUGGUAGCGCAGAGGCGCCUUUGCUAGACAUUGCGGCUUAUGGAGGCUAUGCUUUUGCGGGUCUAUGCCUUGCCGGUUUUGCUAAGAUCAUGUGGGGAUACUCGUAUUAUGCGCUGAUGCCAUGCACGUGUUUAUGCACUGGGGUUUUCUUGGUGAAGACGAUGAAACGUGUUCUGUUUGCUGAGGUUAGGAGUUACGAUUCAAGCAGACAUCAUUACCUCCUCCUGUUUUUGGCCUUGGUCCAGUUCCCUCUUUUGAUAUGGCUUGGUAACAUCAGUGUUAAUUGGCUUUUCUGAAAAGUGUUUUUUUUUUUGUUUUUCCAAUAAACGAUUUUUGUUGUGAAUUCUUCUUAUUGGUACUUCGUAGCAGAAGUUUGAACAUUCUUGACAUUGUAUGUGGUGAAGAAAAUGUUAUUCUUCAACAUCAUUGUAUUAGUCUCUUUC